CGACACCUCCCUUUCUCCUCCCUCCUCUGGGUCAGAGAGGAGCGAUCAGCCUGAACCAGCAGAGCCGGUGGAGCUCCCACACAGCACGGCUUGGAUCCAGCCCGGAGGACAUCCCGAUGACAGACGCCAGCAUGAGCGGUGAUUCUUCAAAAGCAGUAGGUCCAGGACAUCCAGGAUCAGAGUAAAAGUCGUGCGCCCAACCCAAUCUCCUGAAAGCUCAUUCACUCAUCUCUGCUCUGAGCCCCCACCCCCACCGGCCAAGUCCUCAGCAGGCUGAAGACAGACUCCGUAGGCCAGCAGCUCUCAGAUAACCCCAAACCUUCACCAGCGGCUCUGAUGGAAGCUCCAACCCUGGCUCAGAUGGAGGAACUGUGUCACCCAUGCCCUCCCUCUCCAGAGGGGGAGACAGUGUGUGCAGCUCUGGUGCGUUACGAGAACACUUUGAGAGAUGCCAUCAGAGAGAUUCGUGCAGAUGUGAGCAGCUUUAAACUUGGUGUAGAGCACCGUUUGGAGGAGACAGCCAACCUGAGGGCUCCUCUGGGACGAGCUGUGGCUCAGCUCCAGCAGGAGAACCAGCAGCUCAGGAGUCAGCUGGAGGCUCUGGCAGCUCAGGUGGAGCUCCUGAGCAGCAUCUCAUGUGACAGGAGCACAUUUCUGAACAACCACAGCAAUGGCCUACAUAACAUACAGGAGAACCAGGAAGACGUGAAGGAGGUGGUCCAUGGAAAGGGCCAAGCACGGACUCAGACGAUGGGAAACCAGACACAGACCUACCUCAGCCUGAGUCAGUCCAACCGGGCCACCGUUCCUUCUUCUCCCCGCUCCAGCAGUCCUCCGGAGGGUUCCUGUGGAACAACGGCCCCAGGGUCCAGCAGCAGUCCCUCCAUCACACGAUUCUCCAGCCGAGCUACUUUCGCUGUGUGCAGCAAGACCAGCAGCGUUGAGCGGGACGAGCCAAUUGAAGUGGACACAGUUCCAGCACACACCGCACAGGAGAAUGGACACACCACCAAGGGCGAUUUUAGCGUUAGAGAACAACCAGUUCAUGGAAAGAUCACCACUCCUUCUGACGCCUCACCUGAACAGGCAGCACCUGCUGCACCGCGACUGCCACACCUCCCCAUCAUGGCUACGACUAAAACAGCAGAAAGCAAACGAUCAAACACUUCUCCCAGCAGCCCGGCGGGUUCUCUGUCGCCCCCCGAGGCCUCAACAACAGGUCGGUCAGUCUGCAGCUCCUCCCAUCCACAACCCUCCGAGGUCUCUGCACCUCAGCCAGCGUCUUCUCUGAAAACAUGGAGCCGGACACCCGCCAGCUCUCCUCAUCUUCAGGCAGAGAAGGGAAACCCAACGGCGGUCAGGUCUGUGACCUAUUUCGGCACUCUGCAACACGACAGAGACUGUGAUGAAAGCACGGAAAGGCCUUCGGGGCAGAUGGGGGAAAGGAAGCGGGAGCUGGUGAGAUCACAGACUCUGCCUCGUAACAUCGGUGCUCAGACUCAUCGAGCAGUCUUUGAAAGGCACGACUCUGACACCUGUGGCAGUCGACCAAAAGCGGUGACACUGAAGCGGUCCCAGAGCUUUGGGGUGUCCAACGCCAGCAGCAUCAAGCAGAUUCUUCUGGAGUGGUGCCGCUCCAAGACCAUCGGCUACCAGAACAUCGACAUCCAGAACUUCUCCUCCAGCUGGAGCAAUGGGAUGGCCUUCUGUGCCCUGGUCCACUCCUUCUUUCCCACCGAGUUUGACUACAACUCCCUGUCACCUGCCAACAGAAAACACAACUUUGAUCUGGCCUUUGGGAUUGCAGAAAAGAAGGCGGGCUGUGACCGGCUCAUCGAGGUGGACGAUAUGAUGAUCAUGGGUCAAAAACCAGACCCCAUGUGUGUGUUCACCUACGUCCAGUCCCUCUACAACCACCUGCGCAAAUAUGAGUGACGCUCAGGAGACGUCUUCGGCGUGCUCUGAGCAGGGGCAGAGGCCCAGGACGGGCAGCCCCCUCCAGGGGAACCGGGACCUUCUCACCUGCUGGACGGACAUGGCCACAGCUGGAAUCACACACUAGUCUAAAGUUACUCUCAGUGGUAAAAGCUGGAAACCCACAGAGGCCAAGUGUGGUUUAUUUAGUUUUCAGACGUGCACCCAGGUAUCUGCUUUAUGCUGAAGGAGAGCAGGAUCGUGUCAGGUUUGCUUCUGACCUGUUUCCAGGUGUCUGUCCACUUCACUCUGCACCGAUGAAUGAAAACGGUCCUGGCUGCAGCUGAUUGGCUGCUGGGGAGCAUCUCACAGCUGAAAUGUGACAAGCUGCUGAGGGGAUUUCACAUUCACGGUUGCUGUAUGUGACGUGGAAUAAAGUAACAUGACACCAAUA